CGCGAUGCUUUUGCACGUCUGCUGCUGCUUUGUAGAUUUAUAAAAACAGCAUGUCCGCUGACUCGAUCUGUAAAAGCCACACGCGGAAAUCCAGAUGAUUUGUAAAGCUGCUAAAAUGCGUUGCCGCUCCUGAAUAUAACCUCAGUUUAUAUUUGGCUUAAAGGAGACGCAACAAAGCGCACAAAAUGGUUGUGCAGCAGGCCCGGGCGAAUAAGUAGGUUUGCUAUAGCUUUAAGAACGCGAAAAUAGUGUCUGCUUCUUUAAAAUUAUAUCGGUUUAUUGCUGAAUAGAUAAUUAAGAAAAGUUUUCAAUCCCUAAUCAAUAAAUAUAUGCAUUUAAUUUGCGACGAAUCUAACGCAUUCACAGAAAAUGUCCCACUGUUGGAUAAAGGCCGCUUGCAAUCAAAACGUCUUUAUACCAGAUGUUGUCCGUUUUUCCUCAAUUUGCAAGUAAACCUGCUUGACUUUUAGCUGAAUUUGAAGUAAGCUGGAGUGUCCUCACGGUGAUGGAACCGGCUGGCGACCGAACCGAGGGUGUAAAUAAAGGCGAAGAGUCGGCGGAGGACAAGGCCGCAGAAGAGACCCCGGCCACCAGUACGGCCGGUACCCCACGGAGGGGGCUCAGAGAGCGGGGAGCGUGCCGCCCGAGGUCUGGCGUCUCUGCUUCAUUGACAGACGUUAACGGGGCAGCGUCGAGCCCACAGAGCUCAGGACGAGUUUUAAGGGACAGGUCCACGAGGGCAGUACCGGCCUGGCUGAAGGACACCAAGAGCGACGACGACGAAGACGAACCGAGCCCGGACACCGGUGCGACUAAACGGAGGAAAGUUUCCAACUCGAGGCGGAAGAAAAAUUCUGAAUCUGCGGGUUCGGCUGAGGCUGGAGGGGGGGUCGCAGGUGACAGCCUUCAAGGCACAGACUCAGAGGACCCCAAGAAACCUGCCACAGAUGCUCAAGGAUGUUUGAUGGCACACUUUUGCUCCCUCACUCCAGCUCUACCCUCCAGACGCCCCCCAGCCCAGACUCGUGCCAAGCCCACGUCUGGCAGGGCUGUCCGCGGCUCUGCCAAGCCUGUGUGUAAGACCGAACCUGGAAUGGAGAAUCCAGCUGGUGAGCAACCUGUUGACACAGUGGAAGGAGAGGUAAAAAAUAAAGACAAAUAUGAAAUUAAAAAGAAAGAGGAGGAAAGCGAGGAUGUUGCUGAAUCAGUCUUGGAUGAUGAAGACCCUCCAUUUCGGGAUGACACAAAUGACCUCAGCUACCAGCCGCAGAGUCGGAGUGGAGCAGAGGAAGAAGAGGGUCUCAGCAGUGACGAAGAUCUUCCUUUUACAGAUGACCUUAACGACCAGAGCUAUGACCCAAAGGCUGAACGGGAUGUCCCUAAACCAAAGCGCAGAGCCCCGCCCAGACAGAAGGAGAAGAAAGAGAAAGAGAAGGCACCUAAAAAAGAGAAGGAGGUUGCUGAGAUAAAGAUAGAAGGUUCAGACAACUUGGAGGGUGUGGAAGAGGAAGUAAAGCUUGAGGAAGAAAUCGUGGAGGACCCAGAUGGACCUAGAAAGAGAGGCCGGCGGAAAAAAGACGACAAAACCCCACGGCUGCCAAAGAGAAGGAAGAAGCCCCCAGUGCAGUAUGUCCGAUGUGAAAUGGAGGGGUGUGGGACAGUCCUGGCUCAUCCUCGCUACCUACAGCAUCAUAUAAAGUACCAGCACUUGCUCAAGAAGAAAUACGUCUGUCCUCACCCUUCUUGUGGAAGGCUUUUCCGACUACAGAAGCAGCUGCUGCGUCACGCAAAGCACCACACAGACCAGAGGGACUACAUUUGUGAGUUCUGUGCUCGUGCCUUCAAGAGCUCCCACAAUCUGGCUGUGCACCGCAUGAUUCACACAGGAGAGAAGCCCCUGCAGUGUGAAAUCUGUGGCUUCACGUGUCGUCAGAAGGCGUCUCUCAACUGGCACAUGAAGAAGCAUGAUGCUGACGCUACUUACCAGUUCGCCUGCUCCAUUUGUGGCAAGAAGUUUGAGAAAAAGGACUGUGUGGUGGCCCAUAAGGCUAAGAGUCACCCCGAGGUGCUAAUCGCUGAGGCUCUGGCAGCCAACGCUGGCGCCCUCAUCACAACCCCUGCCUCCCUGCUAGAGCUGCCAGGAAACCCCAUGCAAGCAGAGGUCGCUGGCCUGGAUGUGAGCCAAAUAGGGCAGGAUGGGCAGGUGGACCAGCUGAGCCAUGAAGGGCAAGUUGGGCAGCAAGUGGCUCAGGUGUCCCAGAUGGGUCAUGUGACCCAACAAGUGAGUCACCAGGUGGUUUUACUGGGACAAGACCAGAGUCUCCACACCAUGCAGGUGCCAGUGACGAUCGCCCUGUCCCCCAUCGACCCCCCUUCACCAGCUGAAAACCAGCAGCAGACUCACCUCCAGCUCCAGAUGCCCGUCCAGUUUGUGCAGGCUGCUCAGCAGCCACAGCAGCCCCAAAUCCAACAACUGACCCUUCACUCCAGCUCAGUGGUGACCCAGCAUCAGCCCCAGCUGCAGCCUCUUCAGUCGUUCUCCUCCCAGCAGCAGAGCCAGGGGCAGACACAGAUCCUUCAAAUGACCUUCCAGCCAGUCAGCCAGUCUCAGACCCAUAUUCAGCAGAUCCCCAUUUUAGCCACCUCUCAGCAGCUUCAGACCCUGCACACAGCUGCCCUGAGCCCUCCUCUCCUGUCCCCAUCCCAGCACCAGGACCCAGGCUCCACUAAUGGGGACAGCUUUAUUCUGGACAAUCCGGUGCUCUCGUCUUCCUCACCGCCAGCCAGCUCCCUUGUGCAGACAGAAGCUAUGGGGGAGGAUGGUGUUGUCUGGGAGCAGACAGGACACGGGGAAGCUCUGUCGGACAGCACUGAGAGACACGUGCAGCAGACUCUCAUGUAAAACAAGGACAGCGCACACAAAACAGAAGAUAGAGGCACAUUGUCAUCAGUAACCUGACAUACUGUAUUGCAAUGUUUGAGGUCAAUGUAGGAUCACCAAUAUAUAAUGUACUGUUCACUCAUAGUCAUAUUUGGUAGCUUUUUAGAAUAUCUGUAUCAGGGAAAAAUAUGUGUGUGUCUGUAUGUGUAAGUUGUUGCCUUUGUACAUAUGUCCUGUAAACUUAAGUAGCCUUUUA